AUGGGCAAGGACUGGCGGGACCCGCCCACGCCGCCAUCUGGCGCGGCGGCCCACUUUGCGUACAGCCGUGUGCCGCGGGAUCGGCUGUGGGGCGUGCUGUUCGGCCUGGUGUGGGCGGCGGCCAUCGUAGGAGGCAUUUACGCCAUCACCCACAGGAAUCCUGCCUUCAUCCGCACCGACUACACCGACCCCACCAGCUGCCCCUACACCCCCAACGAGGCCCACCGCCGCCUGCUGGAGGCGAUGGCGGAGGAGGGCAAGGGCGACUGGAGCUUCAGCGCCUUCAUGCACCUCACCGGCCGCUGGCUGCUGGUGUCGGCGCUGCUGGCGCUGGGGCUGGGCGUGGCCUUCAUCCACCUGUUCAAGCACCACGCCGGCAUGAUGACCAGGGUCACCAUUUGGGGGCAAGUCGCGUUCCCCGCCGCCGCGGCGCUGGCCUGCGUUGUCACCGGCCAGCCUCUUGUGGGGCUGCUGUUUGGCGGGGUGGCCGCCCUGGCCGCUUUUGUCUUCUACCUGUGGCGCGGACAGAUUGAGCUGGCCACGCGCCUGCUGGGCGUGUCUGCGCACGGCCUGGCGGCCAACCCGGGAGUCAUCACCGCCACCAUCGCGCUCAACGUCGCUUCCAUGGUCGCCAUUGCCCCGCUCUGCGUGUUCCUGGGCUUUGCCUUCAUGAACGGCAAGGCGGUGCCCAACCCUUCGCGCGACCCUGGCGCCGCCACGUGCAUCACCCCCGACGGCCAGCAGGUCCUGUGCUGCUCCUGGCAGCCCAACACAUACGCCCAAGUGUACAUGUCCGGGGGCAUGGUGACCCUGCUGUGGACCAUGCUGCUGGCCAACCAGAUCCGCGUGUUUGUGACGUCGGGCGCAGUGGCUCAGUGGUACUUUGCGCCGCCCGACGCGCUGUGCGCGCCGCGCGGCACCACCCUGCUGUCCUUCAAGCACGCCAUGGGCCCCUCCUUUGGCUCCCUCUGCCUCUCCUCCCUCGUCCUCACCGUGUCGGAGAUGCUGCGCAGCGCGAUGGAGAACGCUCAGCAGCGGGACAGCGAGCGCGAGUUCAACGCGCUGAUGCUGGUCAAGGUGUGCCUCAUCUGCCUGGCGCAGUGCCUGCUGUCCAUCCUGGAGUACAUCACCAAGUUUGCCACGGUGAUGAUGGCGAUCACGGGGGAGGCGUUUGUGGCGGCGGGGCGCCACGUCACCGACCUGCUGCUGCGCAACCUGCUCAACGCCUUUGCCUCCACGAUCUGGUUCACCCCCAUGGUCAUCCGCAUGGCCUGCUUCAUGCUGUCCCUGGGCUGGGCCCUGCUGUCGGGGGGCACGUACUGGUACCUGCACCGCUCCAGCGCCGGCGUGGAGGCCACCCCGGGCCUCAACGCUGCCAUCCUGGGCGCAUCCGUCUACCUCAUCACCCAGUUUGUGCUGUCCUUCCUGGGGGGCAUCCUGCUGAGCGUGCUGGACGCAGUCUUCAUCUGCUGGGCCAUCGACCGCGACAGCCAGACCGUGUCCCACCCCGAGGUGUACGCCGUGUUCCAGGCGGUGCCCAUCCCGGGGGCCGUGGUGGAGCAGCCAGACGGCGGCGUGUCGUACGGCGCGGGCCAGCAGCAAGCGGCGCCUGAUGGGCCGCACCUGUACCAGCCGCCCGGCGUCGCGCACGUGUGA